UCCUGUUUGUGAAACGUGAUCGUCCUACAUAGCAGCAACGACUCAGGCCUGAGAGCUGAUCAUGUCACUGAACCAACUUCAUAGCUGGCUGAAUGCUGCGGUCUUUGGGCUCCUGCUUCUCCUCCUCCAUGUGCAGGGUCAGGACUCCUCAGAGGCCAGUCCCAUCAGAAACACACACACAGGCCAGGUCCGAGGCAGCCUUAUCCAUGUGACUGAUACCAAAGUUGGUGUCCACAGCUUCCUGGGAAUUCCCUUUGCCAAGCCACCUGUAGGACCAUUGCGUUUUGCACCCCCUGAAGCCCCUGAAUUGUGGAGUGGUGUGAGAGAUGGAACCUCACAUCCAGCCAUGUGUCUACAAAACCUUGAAACCAUGAAUCCAGAGGGCCUGACGGAUAUGGACGUGACCAUGCCUCCCAUUUCUAUGUCUGAGGACUGCCUGUAUCUCAACAUCUACACACCGGCACAUGCCCAUGAAGGCUCUAACCUGCCUGUGAUGGUGUGGAUCCAUGGUGGUGCUCUGGUUGCAGGAAUGGCUUCUGGAACUGAUGGCUCCAUACUGGCAGCCACUGAGGAUGUGGUGGUGGUCACUAUCCAGUACCGUCUGGGUGUCCUGGGCUUCUUCAGCACUGGAGACCAGCACGCCAGAGGCAACUGGGGCUACCUGGACCAAGUGGCUGCUCUACGCUGGGUCCAACAAAAUGUUGCCCACUUUGGAGGCAACCCUGGCCAGGUCACCAUUUUUGGCGAGUCAGCAGGAGGCACAAGUGUGUCUUCACUUGUUGUGUCCCCCAUGUCCCAAGGACUCUUCCAGAGAGCCAUCAUGCAGAGUGGAGUGGCCCUGCUGCCUGACCUUAUCUCUGACACCCAUGAAAAGGUCUACACUACAGUGGCCAGCCUAUCUGGAUGUGAGACUACAAACUCAGAGGCCAUGGUGCACUGUCUGAGAGGCAAGAGCGAGGCAGAGAUUCUGGUCAUUAACAAGGUCUUCAAGAUGAUCCCUGCUGUGGUAGAUGGGGUAUUCCUACCCAAGCAUCCCCAAGAGUUGUUGGCUUCUGUGGAUUUUCGUCCUGUCCCCAGCAUCAUUGGUGUCACCAAUGAUGAAUAUGGUUGGAUCAUCCCCAUGAUCAUGGGCUCUGCUCAGGCAAUAAAGGAAAUAACCAAAGGGAACCUGGAGGCUUUUAUGAAGAAUACAACAGUACAAAUGAUGUUGCCUCCUGAGUGUAGCGACCUGCUAAUGGAAGAGUACAUGGGGGACACUGAGGAUCCCCAAACCCUCCAAUUACAGUUUACAGAGAUGAUGGAGGACUUCAUGUUUGUGGUCCCUGCACUCCAAGUAGCACAGUUUCAACGUUCCCAUGCCCCUGUCUACUUCUAUGAAUUCCAACACCAACCCAGCUUCUUAAAGAGUUUCAGACCACCUUCUGUGAAAGCUGACCAUGGUGAUGAGAUUACUUUUGUCUUUGGAUACUUCUUCUUUGACAUGAAAUUCAACCUCACUGAGGAGGAAGAGCUACUGAACAGGAGGAUGAUGAAGUACUGGGCCAACUUUGCAAGAAAUGGAAACCCCAACAGUGAGGAUCUACCCUACUGGCCUGUGUUGGACCAUGAAGAGCAGUACCUGCAGCUGAACAUCCAGCCUGCUGUGGGCCAAGCCCUGAAGGCCAGAAGGCUGCAGUUCUGGAGCCAGACUCUGCCUCAGAAGAUCCAGGAACUAAAGAAAUCUCAGAACAUGCACAAAGAGCUAUAGUGCCCUGUGUGAGGAAUGGUGUGUAGCAUUGGCUGCCAAUGGGGUCACCUUGAGGUUCCCAAAAUAUACUGACUAACUUGGGUUGAUCCUAACACUCACAUAACCUCUGCACUUGUCUGUUCUUCUACAUUUAUCAAGAGUUUUCUGCAUGUGACUCUAUCUUGCUGGGUCAUCUUUUGUUAGAUUCACUCAAUAAAUGCUCCUAUAACAAUGUGGAUUUUGUGAGCCACCCAAGGCAGGCUCAUCUCCUUUCAGACUCCUCUGGUACUAGACCCCUUCUAUCCUUCCUUCUUAAAUUUUUCUCUUCACUUUCAUCUUCUCUAAAACUAAAAUGCUCUUUAAAAUAAAACAGAAGUUUGAAAAACCAUGAUGUGGGUUCUUCAAAGACCCCAUAUCAUAUUGGUGAGGUCUGUCAAAAUCACAUGCCCUAUCUCAUUAGGUUCGUUUUGGAGACCAUGAAGUUCAACAUUAGGAUACGAAUCUGUUUGCUGUGUUGUGAUGACUAGCUCUCUGACCCAAAGUUGAUGAGUAAAUGGGAUAUUUAAUAGUUCUCAGGACCCAGACCUCUACUAGGCCUCGGUCUUAAUAACAUCUCAUCAGAACCUAAAUAUCAAUAUAGAAAUAUGACUCUAUGAUUAUUUCUUUUUUUAAAAUUUGUUUUUAAUGAGCUAUAUAUUUUUCUCUCUGCUCACCUCCUUUCCUCUUCGCUCCACUUCUACCCUAUUCCAUGGUACCCAUGCUCCCAAUUUACUCAGGAGAUCUUAUCUUUUUCUACUUUCCAGGUAGAUUAGAUCUAUGUAUAUCUCUCUUAGGGUCCUCAUUGUUGUCUAGGUUCUCUG